AUCGAUCACCCUUCGCACGAUCCACUUCAAUCUACAACCCGAGCACCCAGAUCUCGAUAUCACUCGCUAGCAAGAUGCGUUCUUCCAUCCUCCUCGUCGCUUUCUCGGCUCUCGCCGCUGCUCAGUCCUCCGUCGCUGUGCCCCAGGGUCAGCCCUCCGCUGCUGUCACCUCUUCCCCUGUCAUUCCGACUCAGGGCUCUCUGCCCGCUGGUGCUUCCAGCGCUCUUAUUGGAUCUAGCGGUGUUCCCUCUUCCUUCCUGAAGUCGGCCAGCGCCUCUGCUUCUACUUCCACCAAGACCUCCACCAAGACCUCCAGCUCCGACUCUUCCACCUCCACCAGCGACUCUUCCUCCAAGAGCGGCUCCAGCUCCAGCUCCAGCACCUCUUCCGGCGCUGGUGUUCCUCUCGCCACCGCUGGCCCCGUCGGUCUUUCCGUCGUGGCUGGUGCUGCCCUUGCCGCUUUUCUGUAGAUGAAGAGCGCAAGUGGUCUUCUUUGCCUUUAGAGGGAGUCGAGUCUCGACCGUCACACACACUCCACUCUGGUGGGGUACAGCAGAUACCCAUGGCGAUCGAACCUUCCAUCCAUUCUAAGCCGCAAGGGACAGGCGCUAUGAAAUCAAAGGGGAUGGAUGUUCUGCGGUUUUCUUUCUUCUGACAUAUGUAACAUUGCUGGGAAGGCUUUUAUUUCUUUGGAUCUUCUUUUCAAAGGUUCACCGCGUGUUCACCAGAGAUUCAUAACUGCGGCGCACAUAAGAUUUCAUUUCUCUAGUAAUUUUUAAUCGUUUAAUGAGGACAUGGUAAAUACACACAUUACACAGGGAUUUUCUGGAAUG